GCAAUACUUUACCGAAUGUAAAGGUGUUAGCUUUUCACUGCGCGACGUACCUAAAUGAAGUCAGUUUGUAUUUUAAUGACCUCUGUGUAAAUAUCUACAUUUUUAAGUUGUGGGAGUUGUACGCACGAGUGAUUCUCUGUACCUCCACACCGAUAAAAGAUAUGUAAACAUGUGUUAUUCAGGUGUUUCAAAGAAAGAGUUUAUCGAACCCUCAGAAACUUAGCGAUGACAAAAUCGUUUUAAAACCAAGUACGAGCAUUGUGUAUCGACAAGAGGCGCUCACUUGAUCUGACGUUUUCGCUUUUGUUGACAAUUCUUGGAGGAGUUACAUGCCCCUUGCUCACAGACUUGCGCUGGAUGCUGCUGUGUCGUUUCCCACAAUGCCUUAUUUAGCGUAAUUGACGACUUGUAUGUGAUCCGCGAGAUUCGUUGCUGAUGGUGAGUUUACUAUGGUGCAUGGCAGAUGAUAAAGCCCUUUGGAUUCCAUUAACUGCAAUGACAGGUGUUUUCUCUGGGAUAAAGUAAGAUCUUCACCUUGGGUCGCAGUUAGAAAUCCAGAAGCCAUGUUGGUGUCUUCAGCCAGAGGGACAGUGUCUCCCAUCACUUUGGUUCUCCUUGCAACAGUCCUCCUUAUCCAGCUACCAAUGUCCUCGGCGUCAGAUUCCAAUGAGACUUGUAAUGCAUAUGUUAAACCAUGUUCAGGAGGACUUGUGUUCCCCCUGUGGCAACCAGUUUCCAAUCUAAGUGUAGGAGACAAGAUAGCAAGAGGGGCCGUCUACUUCUUAGGAAUGGUCUAUAUGUUUUUGGGAGUUUCCAUCGUUGCAGACCGCUUCAUGUCUGCAAUUGAAGUGAUCACAUCCAAAGAAAAGGAAGUCAUUGUGAGAAAGCCCGAUGGAACCACUACAACAGUCAACAUCAAGAUCUGGAAUGAGACUGUUUCCAAUCUAACAUUGAUGGCGCUAGGUUCAUCAGCUCCUGAGAUUUUACUCUCGGUGAUUGAAAUCUGUAUUAACAAUUUCCAAGCUGGAGAUCUUGGUCCUAGCACCAUUGUUGGCAGUGCAGCUUUUAACCUUUUCAUCAUUACUGCCAUUUGUGUAUACUGCAUACCUGAGGGUGAAAAUAGAACCAUUAAACAUUUACAUGUAUUCUUUCUUACAGCUACUUGGAGUAUUAUAGCCUACCUCUGGCUUUAUUUUAUUCUAUCAGUCUCAUCUGUUGGGGUAGUACACAUAUGGGAAGCUAUUGUAACAUUGCUUUUCUUCCCAGCAACCGUUAUAACUGCAUAUAUAGCAGACAAGAAGCUCUUUCCAUAUGCAUUUUUGUCUAAAAAAUAUAGAUCAAGUCGACACAAAGGCAUGGUGGUGUCAUCGGAGGGAGAUCAUGAGUUAGCAGACGGCAAAGCGAACCAUCAUGAUGAGGUUGUUUUCAAAGGUGUCAGUGAAGAAAGUGAUAUUAAAGAAAUCAAAGAAUUUGAAGAACACAGAAAAGAAUACAUGGACAUUCUUCGUGAGCUGAGAAAGAAAAACCCUAAUGCAGACAUGAAAACACUGGAAGAAAUGGCAGAGUACGAGGCAAUCAAUCGCGGACCAAAGAGUCGAGCUUUUUAUAGGAUUCAGGCCACUCGUAAGCUUACAGGUGGUGGAAAUGUUGUCAAAAAGAGCAAGAUCGAGCGCAAAGCAAGCCUUGAUGAUGUGAAGAUUGAGGUCAAAGAUGAUUCGACGACUAGAGUAUACUUUGAUCCAGGACAUUACACUGUGAUGGAGAAUGUUGGUACAUUCUAUCUCACUGUCACCAGAGAAGGGGGGGACUUGAACAAAACUCUUUAUGUUGACUACAAGUCUGAAGAUGGAACAGCAAAUGCUGGAUCAGACUACGAGAAUGCAGAAGGAACAGUAGUCUUUUAUCCUAUGGAAACUCACAAGCAAUUCCCAAUCACAAUCCUUGACGACGACAUCUUUGAGGAAGAUGAGCAUUUCUAUGUUCGUCUCAGCAACUUGAGAACCGGGGACUCCCAGGGUAUGUUCGACAGCAAUAACAGUGGUGCAGGUGAGGUUAAACUGAUACCCCCAUUUGUGGCCACUGUCAUGAUUUUGGAUGACGACCACCCAGGAAUCUUCCAUUUUGAGGAGAAAGAAAUGAAUGUGCCGGAAGCCAUUGGUGAGGUCGAGAUUAAGGUGGUAAGAUCAUCGGGAGCCCGAGGGACGGUCCGAGUGCCCUACCAUACAACAGAUGGGUCGGCCAAGAAAGGAAGAGACUUUGACACAACCGACACAGAAGUUAUCUUCCAUAACGAUGAAACUGAGAAAGCAAUCUUGCUAAAGAUUUUUGAUGAUGAAGAAUAUGAAAAGAACGAGACUUUCCAGAUCCAUUUGGAUGAACCCUCGAUUGUUAGGAGAGGCUCAGAAAAUGACGAUGAUGAAAUAGAGCCCUCGAGAGAAGGGAGAAGAGAGUCAGAGGCCCAGCAAGAGGAAGAGCACCUGUCAGAAAUGGCGAAGCCCCGUCUUGGGGACAUCAAGACACUGUGUGUGCACAUCCAGGAAAGCUACGAAUUCAAAAAUGUAGUGGACAAAUUGCUGAAGAAAGCCAAUGUGUCUCUGGUUGUUGGAACUUCAUCUUGGAGGGAGCAGUUUAUCGAGGCCAUUACUGUCAGCGCAGACAAAGACUCAGGAGAUGAAGAUGACGAGGAAGAUGAGAAGCUGCCAUCUUGUAUGGACUAUGUCAUGCACUUCUUAACCCUGUUCUGGAAAGUUAUCUUUGCCUGUGUGCCUCCGACAGACUACCUGGGAGGUUGGGCUUGCUUUACUGUCAGCAUCAUUAUGAUUGGCGUGCUGACCAUGUUUAUACAGGACCUGGCUACAGAAUUUGGUUGCACUGUCGGACUCAAAAAUUCAGUCACAGCUAUCUCUGUAGUGGCCCUGGGUACAAGUGUACCAGAUACAUUUGCCAGCAAAGUAGCUGCUGUCAAUGAUAGGUAUGCUGACUCCUCCAUUGGAAAUGUAACAGGAAGUAAUGCCGUCAAUGUAUUCCUUGGCAUUGGGUUGGCUUGGACAAUCGCUGCCGUCUACCAUGCAAUCCAGGGAAACUCAUUUGAAGUUGACCCAGGCUCGCUGGCUCUUUCGGUCACUGUUUUCUGCAUUGAGGCAGUAGUAUGCUGUACGGUCAUUGUGGUGCGUAGGAAGUUCGGAGGCGAGCUGGGCGGUCCAUUCAAGCUGCGAAUAGUCACAGUCGUAUUCUUCGUGUUUCUAUGGUUGUUCUAUAUUAUUAUGUCAGCGUUGGUCGCCUAUUGUGUCAUUCCAUCAAUCUAAAGAGACUCUUCACGGCCACUAACACUUGAUUGAGCUAUAUACCUUUUGCUCUUACUACCAUCCUAUGAUUUAGCAGGACUUAAAGAAACCUUUGAGAAUUUGAGUUGCAGAAGGGUAUGCUCAAUAUGACUUUCUUUUUAUUUUGUUUUUGUUUUUUAUUGGUAUUGUCUAUGCAAUCAUUCAACACUGUCUAGAGAUGGUGUGAUCGUAUAAUCUUUAAGAGUAUCUAUAAAACUCAAAAUCAACCACAUUUAAUCUGUGAGACCUUAAGAAAGACUGUAUGGGAAUUUCCUGUUUGAUGAAAAUUAUGAUCACAUGGUUAUAAAAGUGGUGCCAAGUUAAGUUUCCUCUAUAUGCACAAUGUCAUUUGUACCAAGGGGCAAAAUCCAAAGAAAAAUCAAUUUUGAUAGAAAAUUGACAGAACACAGCCCAAAUUACCUGCCAUUGCAAUCAUUUUUGUUUAAUGAACUUUUUUUAAAGAUAUCAAAAUGUCUUGAUAUACAAAUGUAUAGACAUGUUUAUGCAUAGUUUCUAUCUUAUUGAAAGUUGGGGGGAUUUUUUGGAGGUUUUACAUGUACAUAUAUUUGAAAAAUACCAGGUAUAUGAUGCAAUCUUGUAUAUGGUAAACCAAUUGUUUUGAUAUGUACUUUCCAUCAAGAAACAAAAUCCUCUGCAAACUUUCAUUCAUUUGACAUGUUCUUUCUAUGAUAUAUGUACAUUAUUUUGUUAAAAGCCCCAAAACACAUCAUUUAUUGGUUGUAGAUUUUAAGAUGCCCGUGUUGAGAAUGUGACAUACACAUGACAAACCUUCUACCUCUUUUGUGCAUGUUAUUUAUGUUGUUUACUCAAUAUUUUGGUUUGCAAAUUGAGCUUAUAUAACAAACUGACCCAUGAAUCUCACACACAUAUUCUCAGAAGUUUGGUAUGUCAAACCUUAAGUUAGCAGCUAUAGAUGCAGACACAAAAUACUUUGAUUUGAGUUACCUUAGAUUUUGACUGUGUGCUUGAUCUCUUCUGGUGGUAGUGCUUAGCAGUGUAAGCCAAGAGAACGAGGGUUACUGCUUGAUUGGAUUUUUUUGAUGCAAGUUAUUUUAAAUGUAGUACAGGUAUGCACACACCAACCUCUAACUAUUUCUAGUUGUAUUGGAGAAUAAUGUGUAUGGCGUGUCUCAAUAUGAACUAGGACUAGGUUUGACCAGAUGAGGGGUGUACAGAAGUCAAAGCUUUGUUUUUAUUAUCCAGUUACAUGUAUUGACAAUGCACCCCUCCCAGUUAUGCAUUUAUCAUUAUAAGUCUGUUGUUGUUUUUUAAAUUCAAGAUUUCAAAUUAGUAUAUAUUAUUUAUUAAAUAAAAACCUUAGAUAUGCAUAUGUUUUAAAACGUAACCAUUUUUAUGACUCAUUCUGUCAAUGUAUAAAGAAAUCAAAACGGUUUUUGUUGAUCACAUACUGCAGCUGUCAUUGUAUUAAACCAAAUUUUAGAUUAAUAUAACUGUUAAGGUUAUCAAUUCAAAAUUGCUCAUAAUUAUUAAGCAUUUCAUUUAAUUAAUAGGCCAAUGAAGAUAUAAAUGUUUUUGCUCAUAAUUAAGAAUUAUGUAUGAGUUGUUUGUUAUGUUAUAAUAGAAUGAUAUUUCAUGAACUACUUUUUUGACUCCUAGGGCAUUUAUGGAGGGAAUUUGAUAUAUAAUCACCAAUCCCUUUCCAAAACAUGAAAUAUAGCAAAUCGUUAUUUUGUUAGCAUUGAUAUUCAUGAACAUCAUGCUGAUGUUUUUUCUUCUGAUUGAAAACCUUUUGUCCGUAGAUUAUUUUUAUUUUGUAUGCAUGCAUGUGUAUCAUGCAGUUCUGUUUCUUGAUUUCUUUUGUUGAAUAGAUUACUUGUUUUUUAAUAUUGGUAUCUGUCAUAUAUGUUAACAGAUUUUGUUUUGUGUUAAUAAAUACAGAAUUUUUGUUUUGGUACAUCAACCAACCCCUUCCCCACCCCCCAAAUACAUAUAAAUGUAUACACAUUUACCUAUUAAUUAAUGAUUUAAUUUGAAAGAGUACCUUUGUGGCUCAUUAAUUAAUGAUUUAAUUUGAAAGAGUACCUAUGUGGCCAUUGAAGGAAUUGGCCUACUGGCUUUAUGUCUUUAAAAAAUCAAAGUUGACAUAAACUUUUAAUCAAUUCUAGUAAAAUAUUAUGCCAUGGAAUACCAAACAAGCCAACAAGACUUACUAUGGCCUAGAUGUGGUUUUGUUUUCCCAAUUUUAUCUGGAUAUUGGUGCAGAUGUGCACAUGUGAAUUAUUCAUUUGGAAUAAGAAUAAGUUUCUUAUCAAGACGUGUAUGUGUGUUUGAAUGAAAUCAUAUAGCAUCUAUUUGAAAUCCUUUGAUGUGUGAAGAUUGUCUCAUUUAAUUUGUACCCUUCUUUGCUAACCAAUAAGAGACGACUUGUUUAUUUUCUUGUCAUUUUAUACAAUGUACCACCAAACCUUCUGUCUCCAAUUGUUUCUUCUCCCCAUGCUUUGUGAAAACAUCAUUAUUCCAAGUCUGACCUACAUUCCCAUCACCAUUGGUUACCAUAAUGGCUUGGUAUGUUACCAUUGGUUGCCAAGGAGAUCAAGGGUUACAAGUGGUGUGACCCAUAUUGAGAAGUUAAUAGAUAAAACAUUGGAGAUGUAUCAAUUAGUUUGUUUUUUACUCAUCAUGAUCUGUGUUAACAUGACUUUUUAGAAUUUAAUGAAUUCAUGUUAGUGGUAAGAAGUUUAUAUCCAUAUAUGUUUUGUUGAAUAUAUGAGAUCUGUUACUUUUAAGAACCUUUUUUUCUGUGAUACUAACAUACAUUUUUUUAAAUUAUUGUAAACAGUUGAAAAAAAAAAAUUGUUUGAAACUGGAAGUGAAUAUCUAAAUCAACUUAUUAUUUAUAAAAGUUUAAUGUAUGGAGGUAUUUAUUUAUUUAUUUGAUUUAUUUGAUAGUUGUAUAUAAAAAUCUAUUAUUUCUGCAUGUCAUUUACAAAACCUCAUGAUUAAUUUUACAUUAGUGUGAUGAACCCGUUCAAUACAAUCCUCAGAAAUGUAGCUCUGGUUUUGCAUUAGAUAUUUCCUUUAUGGAAAAGAGCAGUGAAACAGUUUGCUUCCUUGUUGGACCCCAUUCCAGUUAUUUAUUUUCCAUGUUUAGGUAUUGUGUUGUUUUUGCAUUCAAUAGAUAUAUUGUUUCAAAGUUUGGUUGUCAUUUGAAUAAAGGGUUGAAUAAGAUA